AUGAGGACAUCACGGCCCGUCAUCCCCGACUCACCCCCAAAUAUUCGAACGGCACGGCUGCUACUCCGACCAGUUCAGGAGUCUGACUUGGAUGACUACUAUGACAUGCGUUCGAACCGCGCAGUCAUGCUAAACUCCUUCUCCGGUCUGGUCGACCCAGACCGAGAAGCGACGUCGAAGUAUAUUCAAAAGUUCCUGCCACCAAGGCACGAGAACUAUGCGUUCUCCAUAUUUGCGUUGGAAGGGGUGUCCGACACGCAGGACAGUGGCAUGCGCUUCGUCGGGAACGUCGGGUUUUACAAGCUAGAUAAACCGUCGGUCGGAUAUAUGAUCCGUCAAGAGGACUGGGGCAAAGGGUACGCAACAGAGGCCCUCCGCGGUCUUCUCGAGCAUUAUUGGACGUUGGAGCGAAAGACAAUCGAGGUCGAAGACGAUACGCAUGAAUACAGGCAGUAUCAGACGAUCGAGCUGGAUGGGAUCGUCAGGGAGGGUUUAAGGGCCAUGAUUGAAGUGAAGAAUACGGGGAGUAAACGGGUUCUGGAGAAGUGUGGAUUUAGGCUGAUAGAGGGCAAAGAGUGGAUCCCCGAACCUGAUCAUCGGGGACCGGAGAAGCUCAUUUGGUAUUAUGUUGAACGCCCGCUGCGGGAGCCUUAG